AUGGCAGGGGCCUCGGUGAAGGUGGCGGUGCGGGUCCGCCCCUUCAAUUCACGAGAGAUUGGAAAAGAAAGUAAAUGCAUCAUCCAGAUGUCUGGCAACACCACCACCAUCGUCAAUCCCAAGCAGGCAAAAGACAACAAGAGCUUCAACUUUGAUUACUCCUACUGGUCACACACCUCGCCCGAGGAUGUUAAUUAUGCCUCUCAGAUGCGCGUUUACAAAGACAUUGGAGAGGAGAUGUUGCUUCAUGCCUUUGAAGGCUACAACGUUUGCAUCUUUGCUUACGGUCAGACAGGUGCUGGCAAGUCCUACACAAUGAUGGGAAAACAGGAUGUCAAGGAUCAGCAGGGAAUCAUCCCAUUGUUGUGUGAAGAUCUGUUCACAAAGAUCAGUGAUAAUACAGAUAACAGCAUGUCUUACUCUGUGGAGGUCAGCUACAUGGAAAUCUACUGUGAACGCGUGCGGGACUUACUGAACCCGAAAAACAAAGGCAAUCUUCGAGUGCGAGAACAUCCUCUGAUGGGACCUUAUGUGGAAGACCUGUCUAAGCUAGCAGUCACAUCUUACAAUGACAUCCAGGACCUGAUGGACUCCGGCAAUAAGGCCAGAACCGUGGCUGCCACCAACAUGAAUGAGACAAGCAGUCGUUCACAUGCCGUCUUUAACAUCAUAUUCACUCAGAAACGGCUUGAUGCAGAGACUGAUAACACUUCUGAAAAGGUCAGCAAAAUAAGUUUGGUGGAUUUGGCCGGCAGUGAGAGGGCAGACUCUACUGGAGCCAAAGGAACUAGGCUUAAGGAAGGAGCAAAUAUCAAUAAAUCUCUUACUACACUGGGGAAAGUCAUCUCUGCUUUGGCAGAAGUGAAUAAAAAGAAAAAAAAGGUGGAAAGCUUCAUCCCAUAUAGAGAUUCGGUUUUAACUUGGCUACUGAGAGAAAAUUUGGGGGGGAAUUCUCGGACUGCAAUGGUUGCUGCCUUGAGUCCAGCUGAUAUCAACUAUGAUGAGACCCUCAGCACUCUCAGGUACGCUGACCGAGCCAAACAGAUUCGCUGUAAUGCUGUCAUUAACGAGGAUCCCAACAACCGACUGGUGCGUGAACUGAAGGAGGAAGUGUCUCGCCUGAAAGAUCUUCUCUUUGCCCAGGGCCUGGGUGACAUCAUUGAGACAUAUCGAGCGUCUGGCACUGAUCUAGAGGACAAGUCCGAUUACAAGAACAAUAACAAUAAAGGCCAAGAUGUGAAUCAAAGGGAUGAUCUCUCCACAGUGACCAAUGCCAUGACGGGGAUGAGCCCCUCUCCAUCCCUCUCAGCUUUGUCCAGCCGUGCCGGUUCUAUAGCGAGUCUACAUGACCGAAUAAUGUUCAGCCCAGGCAGUGAGGAGGCUAUUGAGAGGCUGAAGGAAACCGAGAAGAUUAUAGCUGAACUAAAUGAGACAUGGGAAGAGAAACUUCGCAGAACAGAAGCUAUUAGAAUGGAAAGGGAAGCUUUGCUUGCAGAAAUGGGUGUGGCCAUGCGAGAAGACGGUGGCACUGUUGGUGUAUUCUCCCCCAAGAAGACACCUCACUUGGUCAACCUCAACGAAGACCCACUGAUGUCUGAGUGCCUGCUGUACUACAUUAAAGAUGGAAUCACCAGGGUUGGUCGUUUAGAUGCCAGCAGUCGUCAGGAUAUCGUCCUCAGUGGUCACUUCAUCAAAGAUGAGCACUGCACCUUUACCAGUUCCUCUGGUCCAAUGGGGGAAAAGCCCUGUGACGAUGCUGAGAUCUAUGUCAAUGGAAAGAGAGUGACGGAACCGACUGUUCUGAAGUCAGGAAAUCGCAUCAUCCUGGGGAAAAGUCAUGUGUUCCGUUUCAACCACCCUGAGCAGGCCAGGGCAGAGAGGGAGAGGACACCCUGUGCUGAAACCCCAGCUGAGCCUGUCGACUGGGCCUUUGCUCAGAGGGAGCUGUUGGACAAACAGGGCAUUGACAUGAAACAAGAAAUGGAACAGAGGCUGCAGGAGUUGGAGGAUCAGUAUCGCAAAGAAAGAGAAGAGGCUAACAACCUUCUGGAGCAGCAAAGACUGGAUUAUGAGAGCAAGCUGGAGGCUCUUCAGAAGCAGGUGGACCGUUAUUACCCAGAAGCCACGGAGGAGGAGGAGGGACCAGAAGAGGAAGUACAAUGGACAGAGAGGGAAAGGGAGCUGGCCGUGUGGAGCUUCCGUAAAUGGAGGUGCUACCAGUUUACAUCUCUUCGAGAUCUAUUAUGGGGAAACGCAAUCUUUCUCAAGGAGGCCAAUGCUAUCAGUGUUGAACUCAAAAAGAAGGUCCAGUUCCAGUUUGUGUUGCUGACGGACACUUUGUACUCCCCAUUGCCUCCUGACCUGUUGCCCCCUGAGGCAUCCAAAGACAUAGAGAAGCGUCAUUUUCCUCGCACCAUAGUGGCUGUCGAAGUACAGGAUCAGAAGAAUGGAGCCACUCACUACUGGACACUAGAGAAACUGAGGCAGAGGCUUGAUCUCAUGCGAGAGAUGUAUGACCGUGCUGCUGAUGUCCCCAACACUACCACUGAGCAAAGUGAGAAUGUGAUGACAGGAGGCGACCCUUUUUAUGAUCGCUUUCCCUGGUUCCGUCUGGUUGGCAGAAACCCCAUUUUCAACACAUGCAUGAGCGAACGCAUGAGUGAUCCCACCCCAUCCCCGACCCUUUCCAACUCUGAAAUUACUGAGCUGGCUGACUCGCAGAGGGAGGGUCCAGGGGAGGAGGAUUUGGAAGACCUGGAUGAUGAUAUCUUUUUGGACGACCCGAGCUCGGAGCUCGGGGGAGAGGAUGAGGAUGAUGAUGAUGAUGAUGAUGAUGAUGAGGGAGAGUUCUGCCGAGGCUCCAGCGAAGGCCUGGAUCCCUUUUACGACCGCUCUCCAUUAUUCAGUGUAGUGGGAAGGGCCUUUGUUUAUCUUAGUAACCUGCUCUACCCAGUCCCUCUAGUCCACCGUGUGGCCAUUGUCAGCGAGAGGGGAGAGGUGAAGGGGUUCCUCCGAGUGGCAGUUCAAGCCAUUUCAGCUGAUGAGGAAGCUCCGGAUUAUGGCUCAGGAGUACGGCAGUCAGGCACUGCCAAAAUCUCAUUUGAGGAUCAGCAAUAUGAAAAGUUCCAGUCUUGCACUGCUGGACUGUCCCGCACAGGGAUUUCACAGGAAGAGCUUCGUAUUGUGGAGGGAGAAGGGCAAAAUGCAGAAAUGGGACCAUCGGCUGAUGAGGUCAACAACAACACAUGUGCGGCUGGUGCAGAUGAUUUGGACAAUCCACUAAAGGCGGGCCUGGAUGGAACAUUAGAUGUUUCUCUGGAUCAUAUGAGGAUCGGUGACAUUUUUACUUUCAGGGUGACAGUCUUGCAGGCUUCCAGCAUCUCUGCAGAGUAUGCAGACAUCUUCUGUCAGUUCAAUUUUAUCCACCGUCAUGAUGAGGCAUUCUCAACUGAACCUUUAAAAAACACAGGCCGAGGUCCUCCUCUUGGCUUCUAUCAUGUGCAAAAUAUUGCUGUUGAGGUUACUAAGUCCUUUGUGGACUACAUCAAGACGCAGCCAAUUGUGUUCGAGGUGUUUGGACACUACCAGAAACAGCCUUUUAUUCCUCUAUGUAAAGAUGUGAUGAGUCCACUACGUCCCUGCAGAAGGCAGUUUCCACGAUUGAUGCCUCUGUCCAAACCAGUACCCGCCACCAAGCUCAAAGCCAUGACCCGUCCGCAGGCAGGAACCUGCCACUGUAAAUAUGAUCUCAUGGUCUUCUUUGAGAUCUGUGAGCUUGAAGCCACUGGAGAUUACAUCCCCGCAGUUGUGGACCACAGAGGAGGAAUGCCGUGCCAUGGCACAUUCUUACUGCACCAGGGCCUCCAGAGGAGAAUUGCUGUUACUAUUGUACAUGAGUCUGGACGCGAUAUGGAAUGGAAGGAUGUCCGUGAGCUUGUUGUCGGGCGUCUGCGUAACACUCCAGAAGGUGACGAGACCAUCGUUGACCCCAAUAUUCUUUCUUUGAAUAUCUUGUCUGCUGGCUAUGUAAGACCUUUGCAGGAUGACAGACAGUUUCUUGAUUCGGACAUGCCUAGGACUUUCUACCGCUUUGAGGCUGCUUGGGAUAGCUCCAUGCACAACUCCCUGCUGUUAAACAGAGUCACUCCAUAUGGGGAGAAGAUUUAUAUGACCCUAUCAGCCUACUUGGAGAUGGAGAGCUGCACACAGCCUGCAGUCAUAACCAAAGAUGUCUGCAUGGUGUUUUACUCUAGAGACACAAAGCUCUCAGCCUCACGUUCAAUCCGCAACCUUUUUGGUACAGGAAGCUUAAGAGGAGCAGAUGGGAAUCGUGUAACUGGAGUUUAUGAGGUUAGCCUAUGUCACCUGGCAGAUGCAGGGAGCCCGGGAAUGCAGAGGAGACGCAGGCGGGUGCUGGACACCUCCGUGGCCUAUGUCCGUGGAGAGGAGAACCUGGCCGGGUGGAGGCCCCGCAGUGACAGUCUCAUUUUGGAUCACCAAUGGGAACUGGAGAAGCUCAGUCUCCUCCAAGAUGUGGAGAAGACCAAACAUUACCUCCUGCUGAGGGAGAAACUGGAGGCGACCCUGUUAACGGGACAGGAUUCCCUUCAGUCUUGUGUUACUGAGGAGCUGAGUGCCCCUCCUCAAGUCAAUGAAGCAGAUCAGGAGGCUGGCUCCGAAAUCACCACUGAGAGGCAGAGGGAGCUUGCCGCCAAAUGUUUGCGGCUGCUCACUCACUCCUUUAACAGGGAAUAUAGUCAUGUGUGCGUCAGUGCAAGUGAAAGCAAGAUCUCUGAGAUGUCUGUCACAAUGUUCAAAGAUUCCCCUUCCAUCUCUGCUCUUAACACAAUCACACCCUCAUCAACAUGUCCAUCACUGGUUGAGGGUUCCUAUAGCCAUGCUGAACUUAGACCACCAACACCUCUCUUACGUGCUGUCAGCCCCAGUCCCGAAUCUCAGCAGGAGGCAGACCCUAAGAAAUCCAUCAAUGGAGCCUCUGACACCAAACCUCGAAUCUACAAAUAUGUCCCUGAUAUCCAGGAGAUUAGAGUCAGCCCCAUCGUGUCAAAGAAAGGUUACAUACACUUCCUGGAGCCACACACCAACGGCUGGGUGAAACGCUACGUCGUCGUUCGUCGGCCAUACGUGUACAUCUACAACUCAGAAAGAGACACUGUGGAACGGGCGAUUCUGAAUCUCUCCUGUGCUCAGGUGGAGUACAGUGAGGACCAGCAGGCAAUGCUAAAGACCCCGAACACAUUUGCUGUGUGUACGAAGCACCGUGGAAUAUUACUUCAAGCCACUAAUGACAAAGAAAUGCAUGACUGGUCAAAGCUGUCGAGAAGACGAGCUGGACAGAUGAGGAUGUGA